AAAUGGCUGGGUUGAAUGCAUGUGGUCGGAGGUCGGAGGGUUUAUGUGAGGUCUAAGGAUGGGGCUGACCAACUUCAUACUCACGGUGGCCGGCGUGAGCGCCGUCAUCUUGCUGGUGAGGACCGACGUGAAGCAGUCGGCGGCGAUCUUCCGGCGCAACCUCAAGCAGAUACGGAGCUGGGUGGAGGAAGAAUCGGCCGCUGCUUCAAGGGAGGUUGAGAAGGGAGCCAAGGAACUGGAAUCAAAAGUCUCCAAGAAGGAUGUCCCCAAGGAGGACAAGCAUUAGUUGGUGCAUGUGGUCUUGGAGUUGCAUAUGAUAUGAGAGUUACAUUAUUGCCAUUUUGUUUAAUAACUCUACUGUUCAUCAUGAAUAAUCCUGGGUAGAGAAUGAAUAGUCAUUGUUCCUUUCCUUUGGAUCUACACAGGACAAAAAGGAAAUAUCAAUCUGGUAAAGUUUAGAAUUUUGGUUUGCAGUGGAUCUAGCUAGAGUUAUGGUAACCAACGACGGAAGCUCCUCGUUUGACCUUUGUUUUCACCAUUUGUAACAAGCUGUUUAUAAGUUUUGCUGUCCCACUCUUUGCUGUUCUCAACAAAUGAUUUCUCUGAUACAUGUGAUUGUAGAUACUUGCGAUUAAUUAUUGAUGGUUGAUUUGUUUCA